AUGAAAAGAAGUAUGCUGUGGAUAUUUCGCCACUUACCAGUCCUCCUCUUCCUCUCUAAUAUUGAGUAUGGAACUGCUAUUGAUCAAUGCAGGACAGAGGUAAACAUACAAGGUAUGGCUCUCAAGCGAUCCGUCUUUAAAAGGUGGUCGGUAACGGCUCCACAUCUCUGCGAUGUGAAAUGUGGACAAGAGAUCACGUGCCAGAGCUAUAACUACAAUAGGAAAUACAAGAUAUGUGAACUAAAUAACCGCACCAAGGAGGCAAGACCGGAAAAUUUCCUCUUAGCACCAGCAUGGUUUUACAUCCGGCGAUUGAACGGCAGAGGUAAGUAGGCAGAGAUCCGCGUGCAAUGUAUUUUCCUCAUUCAGACUCUUAUCAGCAAUACUCUCUAUGUGAAUAUGAAAGCGAUCUUCGCAGUUAUGAACACUACUUACGCAGUGGGGAAAAGAAGGCCUGAAAAAAAUUCAGGCUUGUAUUAUAUAUGACUGCUUUCAUAUUCACGUCUUUAUCCGCAGUCAAAUAUAUGACUUUCGUAUAAUCACAGCCAUUUAAUACUCUCUAUCCUUGGCCAACCCUGUCUCUUCUUGGAUUAUCAUUGCCCAUUUUGUGCUUCUUUCUCUUGUGUACUCUACUUCAAAUUGAAGGUAGAUUUGCAGCCAACAAAAUACUCAUUAGAGAGAAAUCGUUGUAUUUUUACCAUUAUUGUUAGAAAUACGAUUGUCAUUACCCUUGCAAUCGUCAACCUUCUCGGUCUAGUUCUUAUUCGUGAUACUUUUCUCAUUUCUGUUAUGUGGGUUUUUCAUUUACUUUAUUGCUGUUCUGAGAUACAACGGAAAAAAUUUAUUCCGAAAACGUGAAGGAUAGAAAUUCUCCCUGCAUUUUCUCUCACUCAUCCCAGCUUCUCUCCUGAUAAAGUUUUCCCGCGGCCCUGGCUUAACUUACGACUGCACACAGCAAAAUCGCAUAAAACAUAUAACAAAACGUAAAGCAAAACUUUUAUUGCAGCUCCCUUGGGUUCUAUUCCUGAUUUACCAGCGUUGUCUUGUCACGAAAUAAAGGCGAGUGAAGGAAAAGACACUAUCAGCGGCAAGUACUGGCUGGAUCCAACCGGCACUGGGAAGGCAGUAUUAAUUUACUGUGACAUGAUUAACGAGGGUAAGUAGCAGUCUGUGAACAGGUAGCUUUAAGCGUUUUGUUUUAGUUUUGGUUUCUUCUUUUUCAUUUGAUUUGGGCCAGUUUCAAUUUCUUUUGUUUCUCUUCGGUUUGAACCAUUGCUUCUCCCCUGCAUUUUAGAUAUGGACGAAUGCAAAGGAGACAACCAUGACUGCGACCCGAAUGCAAACUGUACUAACACUUAUGGUUCCUUUAAGUGUACAUGUAUGGAAGGGUACACUGGUGAUGGGCACUCAUGUGCGGGUAAACUUUCCUUUAUUAAUCAAGAAGAUGAAAGCGCUUGCUUCGUUGUUUCCUGUCUUUCUUCCGUUCUUUCUUGCAUGCUUUCGCUUGCUUGCUAAGUUUCCCUCUUCCUAUCUUUCUUUAUUUUCACCUUUCCUUCCGCCUUUCUCUCCUCUAUUUUUUUAUUCCUUGUUUUCUCUGAUUGCACCGCUUUGACUCCGUAGAUGUUUACGAGUGUAUAAGAAACCAUUCUUGUCAAAUAAAUAGCAGCUGCACAAGAAUCAGGGGAUCACGAUUUUGCGCUUGUCAGGCUGAGGUAGUUACUGAUGGAAGAAACUGUACAGGUACUAUGUUUUUCUUUGGUUUAUGUGAAUUUAUAUUCACCUAAGAGUUUACUUUCAUCGCUACCGUUAGGAUCUAAGGGUGGUGGUGGGGAGUGGCUGUUUCCGCAGGCCUCUGAUGGCCGACAGCCCCCUGAUUGGUUGGAUUAGGAUGGAGGCUGGAGGGAGAAACCUCGUAGCUGUUCGCGGUCCAUAAAGUGCAGUAACGGUGUCAACGGAAAAUUGUCAUCAUAUCACGUAGUUUUCUUACGAUGCCGUUUGUCUUAUUUUAUUUUAGAAAGAGAUCGGACAAUGAUGUUCCCACAGUGCUACAACUUUCCCGAAAAACGUUUAAUGAAUCAUGUUAUCCAUAGCGCAAACGUAAAGAACUUAGAUGACUGCGUACUUUUUUGUUACCUGAACGACAGCUGCGUCAGUCUAAACUUCAAGAAAAAUGCAGAGUAUGGAGAAAUAGGUUAUAUCUGUGAAGUAAAUAAUGCCACUCAUCUUGAAUAUGAAUUCGAUCUGAUAACUGACAAGGAUUUUUAUUAUCACGGUUCGAAG